AUGUUAUGCUUCGAGCGCCAGCUGACCUAUACAUCUCUGGCAGGUCCGGCGAAUCCAUCCCCUCAAACCCCAUGGGGUGUACACCCAGGACCGGAAUGGAUGCCAGCCGGCCUGACGCGACCAGCCGAACUCAUUCCCUGCGAGUGGCAAUCCCAGCAAAGCCGAUGGAAACGACGCGACAUGAAACGUACGGGCAUGGCAAGACCUCGGCCCAAGUCUUCCUCGCCGCCGCCCACGCCCCCGUCGGGACGGACCAUCCUCCGAGUGGGGAACCGCGAUCUGCUGCGACGGUACUAUGAGAAAGCGUUCGAGGAUUUCCAGCAGCUGAAUUGCCGCGCCAUUGCCAAGUCAUAUAUCAAGCUCGUCGAGCCCCGAAAGCAAGUCCAUUACCCAUACAAUGGCCGCAAGGUGAUCUCGGGUGUCACUCAGCGUGUGGACCCUGAACUUACCAAGCCUGGCUGGUGGCCAGCUGGUGUUUUGCAUCGGGAACCGGAUCAUCUGCUGAAACGCGGUAGGUGUCUUGUUUAUAGUAUGGUUAAUGAAAGUUUGGCCUCUGAUCCAAUCCCAGAUCGACUGCGCCUGCUUGUUCACAUCCUCUGCGAGUUGAAGGAUAGCCAUGGCGUUACGGCGGACAAGCUGCGAGAUGCAAGCCAGGACGUGAGGCGUCAGAUCACUCCUACCAAUCGACUCCAGGUUCUGGACGAGAUUUAUUUCGUGCGGCAGAUGGAGGAACGAUUCCUCGAUGGCGAAGUCGAGGCAAACACACUGGUCCAGGUGACCCAAACCCACCUGCCCGAGGCCAUCUACCAGGACGGAGAAGAGCUGUCGUCCCUUCCACAUGCCGUACCGACCUCAGACCCUGACGUGCCAGACCCAAGCGACGAACACAGCAUCCCGACUCUGGACGAAGUAAAACCGCACUGCCAUGUGCAAGGUCUCCCGCUGUCGCCGGCUACCAGCGAGUCCAGUGGACCGCAUAGCCCAACGACCGGUGGAUUUGGAUCCUACUCAUUGGGCAUGGCACCGUCUGUGCUGCCUCACGAUAUUUCCAGCGUCCCGAAACCCUUGCCCACUGACCCAUCUUACAUGACCGGGUACUUCUCUCAGUCGUUUAUUCCCCCGGAUCGCACCUCGGGGUUUUGGCCGAGUGAACCCCAUGGCAACCCUGGGUCGCAGUAUGGAUAUUAA